ACAACACGUCAUGGAUCUUGGAUUGCAAGGAGUGCAUGUCAUUGUUACAGGGGCAAGUGGUGGCAUCGGGCUAGAGACCGUAAAAUUAUUUUGUACAUUGGGCGCGAAUGUGACCGCACAUUAUAACUCCCAAUUCGGUCCAAUCCAGGAGCUUCUGGCAUCGAAUCCCAAUCUUCAACAUGUCCAGGCCAAUCUGUCUCAAGAGGAGGCCGUUGUGGCUAUGUUCGAGUCGUUAGCUGCUAUGCCUCAUGGCCCCGUACAAGUGGUGAUCGUUAACCACGCUAUAUAUCCAACUUCGGAUGUCCCAAUCGCAAGGAUGACGCUGGACCAAUGGAACACGACCAUAACCACGAACUUGACAUCAUCAUUCCUGGUGUGUAGAGAGUAUUUGAAGCACCUUGAACGCGCACCCUCUACUGUCAAGGAAAAGGCCGCGAUUGUGCUUAUCGGAAGUACUGCCGGGAAGUAUGGCGAAGCCAAUCACGGUGACUACUCUGCGACGAAGAGCGCAAUGAUGUACGGUUUGAACCUUACUCUCAAGAAUGAAAUCGUGAAGAUAGCCCCCAAAGGCAGAGUCAACUGUAUUGCACCUGGCUGGGUCAAGACACCCAUGGCUGAAGAAGCCUUGAAGGAUCCUCAAACAGUGUAUCGUAUAUUGUCUACGUGCCCGCUUAAGAAGGUGGCGAUGCCGAUCGAUGUCGCGACACAGAUUGUGGUCCUUGCAUCAUCCACUCUCUCUGGUCAUGUCACUGGUCAAGUAGUGAUGGUUGAAGGUGGAAUGGAGGGGAGAUUACUAAACAGACCAGAAGAUUUGUAGGGAUCUUAAGCCGGUUUUU